UCACAACCCUCUGUCAGUGUGUAGUACUAGGGAUUCACAGUGGGUGUGUGUCCCACAGUGAGUGUUUGUCCCACAGUGAGUGUGUGUGGUACAGUUGUAGCGGUUGUGUAGACGUUGUGUGGAUGGACGGACUCACUUCACUUCUACUUCUCAUCUGGUUUUCUGGACAACAAACUGGAACCAGUGGAGCUUCUCCCCGCCGCUGUGGUUUGUUGGCUCCUCUGGAUCCGGCGGCUCUGAUCCAAGAUGGACACGGUUCGUCUCGUCGGGGACUAGAUAACUUCUGGAUGCUUCUUCGCUGCUCCGCCAGCUGGAUGUAGCCGCUCUGGGUCCUUUCCACCCGGGACAACACAUCCUAGAAUGAACACUCACCCCGCGGAGCUUUCUUCCGUCAACUUUUUCCCAGUUUGAAAGAAAACACUUUUUUCCCACGACCCGCCAUGUCGGGAGUGGUCCGCAGCCUGAGCCGCUGCCUGCUGCCGGCCGACGCCAGCCGGGAGCCGGGCGGCAGCAAGGAGAGGAGCCGGGAGCGGGACGCGGCGCAGGAGCGGGAGGCGCGCCGCAGGAGCCGGGAGAUCGACGCGAUGCUCGCCCGGGAGAGGAGAGCCGUGCGGCGGCUGGUGAAGAUCCUGCUGCUCGGGGCCGGGGAGAGCGGAAAGUCCACAUUCCUCAAGCAGAUGCGCAUCAUCAACGGGCAAGAGUUCGACCAGAAAGCGCUGCUGGACUUCCGGGACACCAUCUAUGAGAAUAUCCUGAAGGGAAUGCGCGUGCUGGUGGACGCCCGCGACAAACUGGGCAUCAGCUGGCAGAGCUGCGAGAACGAGAAGCAGGGCAUGCUGGUGAUGUCGUGGGAGGGGCGUGUGGGCGCCUCGGGGGUGGAGCCCGGCGAGUUCCAGCUGUACGUGAUGGCCCUGAGCGCGCUGUGGGCCGACGCUGGCAUCGAGGAGGCCUACACACGGCGGGCCGAGUUCCAACUGAGUGAGUCGGUGAAAUACUUCCUGGAUAACUUGGACCGGAUUGGACAACCGAACUAUAGCCCGAGCAAGCAGGACAUUCUGUUUGCGAGGAAGGCGACUAAAGGAAUCGUCGAGCACGACUUCAUCAUCAAGAAGAUUCCCUUCAAGAUGGUGGACGUCGGAGGGCAGAGGUCUCAGAGGCAGAAGUGGUUUCAGUGUUUUGACGGGAUCACAUCCAUACUCUUCAUGGUUUCGUCCUCCGAGUACGACCAGGUCUUGAUGGAGGAUCGAAGGACAAACCGUCUGGUGGAGAGCAUGAACAUCUUCGAGACGAUCGUCAACAACAAGCUCUUCCUCAACGUGUCCAUCAUCCUCUUCCUGAACAAAACCGACCUGCUGGUGGAGAAGAUUCGCACAGUGGACAUCCGCAAGAACUUUCCCGAGUUCAGAGGAGACCAUCGCAGGCUAGAGGACGUUCAGGCGUUUCUGGUGCAGUCAUUCAGCCGUAAAAGGAGGAACCGGGGGAAGCCGCUGUUCCACCACUUCACCACGGCGGUGGACACGGAAAACAUUCGCUUUGUCUUCCACGCCGUCAAAGACACCAUCCUGCAAGAAAACCUCAAAGACAUCAUGCUGCAGUGACCUUCACGCUGUGGACGACGGCUUCUCUGACUGUGAACUGUGAAGACGUGAACCAGGCCUGAGUCUGACACGGAUGAACCCGUGGAGUUGAACCCUCGCUGAGGAUCCAACUGAACUCUGAACCUGUGGCUCCUGGCCGACGUCGGCCCCCUGUGGAGAAACUGUGAGACCCUUUUGUGUAACCUGUACAAAUUUGUGUAUCGCUGGAAAGACAGUCACCUUCUCCUACUCGUAGCACUCAAGUGUUCUUAAUGUACGUGUUGAGAAAUGUAUAGAAAAGAAGCGAGAAACCAGAGAAAAGCCCCGACUACAUGACAUGAGCACUGAAAGUGGGUUUUCUCGGAUGUAAAUAAUGACAAACGCUGUCACUAAACCAAGUCCGACCGAUGGAGAGACCGAGCUGUGGAAGCAACGAGCCGGAGUUCAUGAACCUCACGAGGAGGAAAGAAAGAAAGACCCGAUGUACAUGUGACGGAGGGGAAGAGGGUUCGUGCUCCUCCCAGUCAUAUGCUGCGUUAUCUGAUCAGGUUGCACACGUGUUCCGGUCAAUGAUCUUUAACCGAGGGAAAGAAGUGAAUGUGUCUUGUGCUCUCGGUUCUCUCCUCGUCUCCCCACUCCGCUUCUCUCCUCUCUCCUCAUCCCUCCGUCACACAAGAGAUGAACAGCUGCAGAUAACGAGUUGCACCGCUCUUUUUUUUUUCUUUCCUGUGCCUCUCCUCGUCUCUCUGGCACAAUGGUCAGAUUGUUCGUCUCCUCCCUCUCCAGCUGAAACAGUAGACGGUCAAAUUAGAGACUCGUCUUGGUUUAAAGAAACACACACAAACACACACACACACACAAAUUACGGUUAAUCUCUUUCCUGAUGUCUUUCUCCUGUUUCCCACCAUCAUCCCAUUAUAUAUGUACCACCACAGCCGAGACCUGACCCCUGGGAGAUCGUUAGCAUCCCCAUUUUACGGAGAAAAAAACAGCAUGUUGUGAGUCUUUUGUCCGGUAAAGACAAAGGGAACAACACACAACGAGAGGAUUGAACUGUCCACGACUUUAUCCCCAUGUUUCUGGCACAGUUUGGGGCUUUUGGAUUCUCCCCUGACUGUGACUGUCGGGGGUGAGAAGUCCACAGCGAGCCACACUGAUGAUGAUGACACACAGUCAGAUCCUUUUCUCUAUUAUCUGAUGGUUUCUGUAUCAGGGACACGUGAGUCAUAACGUGUGAGCCCCCAAAAAGUGGUUCUUUAUAUCUAAAGUUGAUUAAUCAAACUGAAAUAUCAAUAACUCUCAUUUUGAUCAUCAAUGAAUCAUAAGUCAUUACUCAGUGAACGUUUGCAGGCCCAAGACUCUCAGGCAUUCAUUUAGAUUCGUCCCUUUUGGCUCUUUCACUGUUUUUCCACAUUUUAAAGCUGCACUAGUGAAUAUAUGAAUUUGACCAAUGACCAAAUGACUUAGUAUGAAGCACACAGUGUUGAUCCGACGAUUUCAGCUCCUUCCAGCUCUUUGUUUUGGUUUGAUGUGAGUUUCCAGCAUCAGAAGGCCCCUGAUUUAAAAAACUACCACAAACUCACGGUACAACACAAACUCGCCGGUGGACGGAGGGGAGGAGUUAGAGCCUGAUGUUUCCUUCAGGAGUCGGUGGAGACCCAAACAGAGGAAAAAGAGAGCGAGAGUCACAUGACCGAGAACACGGCUGUACACGAUAUGUUAGCAAGUUUAUCGACUUCAAACGUUCAGUGGUGUGUGUUCACAGCUUGUUGCGAUUCCCCCCCCCCUCCCCCUCCGAGCGACAAAAACUUUAAAAGCAAGUCAUCGAAAAAGCCAUCAGAUUAACCACUAUUGAUAAUAAUCACUAUUUGCAGCCUUAGUUAUGCCUGUUGAAAAGUUAGCAUUCGCUGGUAAUGCUAUGCUAUGGUUACUUGCAGUUUUACGAACCUUGUGCACUGAUUUUUACCGGUGGUUAAACUGUUGGUUGUUGCCAUGUUGGAUGUGUUGGUUUUUUUUUUUUUUUUUUUUACGCGAUAUUAACGAACCCCUCAGCCAAUCAGAAGCCAGUGUUUUCCAGACCAUGGUAAAACUGGUCGAACCCCGAUUCUUUGGAUCCUCGAAAUAAGUUCCAGACUCAUGAGCACUUCCACGAGCCUUAUUCUUAUCAAACUGUAUCAAACUGUGUCAUGUGUCGGUUUUGUGUGUGUGUGUGUGUGUGUGUUCACGGGGACUUGUGGCCCCGUCGGAGCACGUUUUCACUUCCUGUACAUAGUAUUCUGUGAGUAUUUGCCUGACACUGUGUGUUAACCUUACAAUACAAACACCACUCGGUCGAACAGCAUCACUGUCACUGUAAAACGUUGCUGUAAAAACGUGUGUCGUCAACUAACUUUACCUUUUUUCCACUCACGCGCAACUUAUGUUCUUCGUAAGUGUCGUCAUUGCACUGGAUGUAUCCAAGAGAAGAAAGAAAGAAAAAAGAAACGGACCGGAGAGCAAGAAGGAAAGAAAA